CAUUCAUCCAAGCAUUCAUAUUGAUCUCCCAGUCCCCCACUGCAGAUUACGCUGCUGCUCCCGACAAGUAAGACUUGCUGCUCAACAUUGGCAGCGAGCAACAUUCACGUGCACCUUCGUACCAAAGUUGCGCAGGACUUGUCCAUCGCGCCAACAGCUCGAGGCACGCUCUUUGCUCUGUGCAACCACGAGUCUGCCACAAGCUUCAUUUGUCAGCCAGCGCGACGUUCAAAGGCUCGAAGCCUUUGCUUGCCGGCGCAUAUCAUCCAGGAACACUUGGUGCAAACCAUUUUUCUUACCCGCUCCACCUCGGGCUGCGUGAUCGGUUGAUACUCCUAGCACGUUGAUCGGCUCAUUAACAUGCGUCUAGCACCGCGCGCCACCUUGAAGCGUUUGAUCCGCUCCCACAUCUCCUCUUAUCGUCUAAACAAAAACGUGGACAUUCUAGUCUACCUGGCUUUCCUCUUAUGGCUGCGCAAAUUGGCAAAUGAGAGCAGAUUGGAGAUGCAACUUGAGGCGGGGAUGGGUGGACCUGUCGCCGGAAGGAUUAUGGGUGCUCGACAUGUCAGGGCUGCUAGGAGGCGCGCGAGGGGAUAAAGGGGGACGCUUUUAGCAUACGUGCGUCAGAAUGACAUCAACGCUGAUAUCGGAGGGGUCAUCCAGUGGGCGCAUGGACGGACAUUCAGCCCCGCAUCAUCAAAGACGACGCAGUUUCGAGCCCUCUCUCUCCGGGCCUUCACGGCAUUCCACUAUCGCUGUUCGACCCUCGUCUCAACCAAGCCGAAGCGAUUUGCAAUGUCAACAACACUUGCUAUCCACGGCAUCACCAUGAGCACCCUGAUCUGAAACUUGUGCCUACAAGCAUCCCAUGUCGCAACCUUUGGCUAAGAACCCCUCCCGAUGCAAGUACUAUGCGACAUCGCGCUCGCGUCGGCAGUGCUCGGAACGCAAACAGCGGUCAGACUUGGCGCGAAUGGCAAAUCUCUUUGACCCCCUUGUCGAGCAUCAAUAGCGGUGCAUUCCCACCAUCUGGUGCAUUCUGCGCCGCUGAUGCCUCUUCAAGGGUCACUCGCCCCUUGCCUUUCUCGAAGAAGGACACUGCCGAAUGAGCAGUGACAGCCAUCUCCGUCCUAUCCUUCCUCAUCAAGGUGUGUCUUUCAUUCGCGCUAUCCUGGAGCUUCUUCGCCUCGUACGUACAACUCCCUGUGCACACAAAACAGCUCGUGCAUACAUGCCUUGAUCACUCUUCUGCGGACCCAUCUCGAAUUGCGGAUACCGAAUCGUGAAUUGAAUUGGGUAUUUGCAGAUUGGUCAAGAGGAUGAAGGAUACGUACACAGAAGAUGGUGGAGCUCGGACUGAUCAUUUUCUUGUCGAGCAGAUGAAGUUGAAAAGAAAUGUUUUGUAGAAGAGGAUUGACGGCGCGAAUGUCAGAAAUUCGAUGGCUGGAGAUGUGGAGUGCAAGUCGGCCGUACCAAUGAAUGUCGGAGCCAGCAAAUA